GGCGGCGGCACGCGGGACGGAAGCCGCCGCCCAAUCUCAUGCCCCCCUGUCCCUCGUCCCUCCCGGCCGGCGAAGCAGCCAAGCACCACCAGUCGCGAAGGCGAAGGGGGGGGAGGAGCCGACAGAAGGAGAAGACCAUCUCGGCGUGGCGGUACCUCGAAGCGAGGAAGAGGGCGGCAUCAUCAUCUUCUGCGACCUUGCUCCUGCCGGUCUCCCAAUUGGGGGGCGACGCGCGCACGCACAGGGGCGGCAGCGGCAGCGGCAGCGCUCACUAGCAGCAGCCAAGAAUUGUCAUCAACCUCCGCUCAGAUCCAGAUCGCCCCCUCUCGGGUAUGUGAUGAUGAUUCGAAUCCACGCACAGGGGCGGCAACAGCAGCGGCAGCGGCAGCGCUCACUAGCAGCAGCCAAGAGUCAUCAACCUCCGCUCAGAUCCAGAUCGUCCCUUCCCGGGGAUGUGACGAUGAAUUGAAUCCAAAGAAGAAACAUCUGCUGCGCCCUAGUCUCUCCAUCAUCCAGAAGCGAGGUAGAAAGCGGCCUCAUCAUCUUCUGCGACCUUGGUCCAGCCAGCCCGAUGAUUCGAAGAUGCCAGGGCAGAAACAUAUGCUGCGCCGUUGUCUCUCCAUCCAGCCGCCCCCAAAUUAUUAUUGUUGGGGGGCAAAACGCUCGCGGACGAACAACAACAUCUGGAGGGACUGGUCCAAUCUAGGCGAUGGGCCGGCAGGACUGAUUGCUGAGCGCGUCCUUGCAUAUGACGUCGCCGACUAUCUCCGCUUCCGUGCCGUGUGCCGCCCAUGGCGUCAGUGUUCCACGGAACCGCGCUCCCACAGCGUACUUGACCGCCGGUUCCAUCCCUGGCGGUGGGUUCUGCUCCGCGAUCCACUUGCUGCUCGUAACCGCUGUUCCUUCCUAAACUCCUCCACCGGUGAGUGCAUCCAACUGGACCUCUCGGAGCUCCUUGACCAUGAGCUGCUCGCCGUCACCCCCGAGGGCCUCCUUGUCCUGCUCCACGACCAGGGCCAUGUCCGCCUGCUUAAUCUGCUCACGCGUCACCUCACAGAGCUACCGCCGCUCACCACUCUGCUGCCCUCUGUGGACCGUGUCAUGCCUUCCCGUUUCAGCAUAAACUAUUUCUCAGUGUCGGUCUGCGGCAUUGCUAGUGAUGAUUCAACAGUGGUGCUCUGCUUCAAUCAGCUCCGCAUGCUUGGCAUGGCCAAACCUGGCGAUGACCACUGGAUGGCGCUAAAGUACAACAAUGAUGAGCUUACAAAAUCACCCUUAAUGUUUGCAGGCCGCUUCUACCAUGUUACUGAUGAUGGUGUCAUGGUGCUGCAAAUCGGUCCAAAUCAGCUGCCACGGCUUGAGGUGGCUGCCAAGCUGAAUAUGCAUGUCUCGCCACUUUCGCAAAGUAUGCACCUCAUCAGCAAUUGUGGUGAGCUGAUGCUGGUGCACCGUAUUAUUUUACCAUUGACGUCGCGGAAUAAAUCGGGUUAUCGGUACAACGUGUAUCGAGUGAACUUGGAUACUGGGACACUAUUCCGGGUCAAGUGCUUGGGUGGUGGCGGCUCAGGAUGUGCGGUGUUCUUGGGCAUGUAUCGCUCUUUCUUGGUCCCGAUAGAGGUUUUCCCGUCUGGCUCCAUCAGUGCUGACACCAUCUAUCCGUGCUUUGACUUAGAUGAGAGAAGGCUGUUAAAAGUUGGGGCAUAUCAUCUUGCGGAUGGACACGUCGAACAACCAUGUAGCUUCGAUGGACACAUCGAAGAACCAUGUAGCUUGGAUGGACUCAUCGAACAACCGUGUAGCUUGGUGCUGCGGCCGCAUACUCUCGGUGACUAUCUAUCUUUGUCCAAUACGGUUUAGUCCAUGAGUAAUUUAUAUCCCAUUUCCUUUGGUAAUUUAGCAUGCAUGGUUAUGCAAUAUUCACUCUUUGUUCCAUCUGGUUAACUAGUAUUUGAGUGCCUGUAUCUAGGCAGAAUUAUGUACGGAUGACUGGUCCAGAUUAAUUUCCAUAUC